AUGGAGGGGACGAAGCGAGAUGCGAACAUUUUGAUCACCGGAACGCCGGGAACGGGCAAGACGACGCUCUCCGAGCUGGUGGCGUCGAGCACGGGCCUACGGCACAUCAACGUCACCGAUCUCGUGAAGGAGAAAUCGCUGCACGAGGGCAAGGACGAAGAAUUCGAUUCCUACAUCUUGGACGAGGACAAGGUUUGUGAUGAAUUGGAGGACACGAUGACGAGCGGAGGCAACGUGGUUGAUUUCCACACCUGCGAUUUCUUCCCCGAGAGAUGGUUCGAUCUCGUAGUGGUGCUGCGCGCCGACAACAGCAUUCUCUACCCGCGAUUGGUGAGCAGGAGCUACAAGGACAACAAGAUUCAGGAGAACAUGGAGUGUGAGAUCAUGCAGGUGGUGCUCGACGAGGCGCGGGAGAGCUACAAGCAGGAAAUCGUGGUGGAGCUCACCAACAACACCGUCGAGGAGAUGGAGUCCAACGCAUCGCGCAUCCAGCAGUGGCUCGCCAGCUGGCGGUCCAACCAACAGCAACAAUAA